AUGGUUUCUGUACGAGUCCCUGUGUUUAUUCUCUUUUUGGUGACGUUGGUCGGAGCUGGAUACCUCGGCUUUGCUUCCAUUGAACUUCAGCACGACAAACUCAUCCAUUUCGGAGUGUUUCUAGUGCUUACUACUGAGUUCUAUUUCGUCUUUGAUACGGGGCACAAGUCUCUAAAGACGCUUCGCACUAUUACUUUCACAGUGUGCACUGUUGGAGGCUCUGUGGGACUGGAGGUUGUACAAAGCCUUGUGAAUCCUACACGAGUGUUUGAUAUAUACGAUAUAGGGUGUAACGUGUUAGGUUCACUAGUGGGGUUAGUAGCCAGUUCUUCCUACGAGCAAUGGAGAGUGAGACAGAGUAAGCUUCAACGCACUGGCAGAUACAGAACUGUGCCUACAGAUGUGAUCCAGAGUCUGCUGGGCAGUGAAAGCGAAGACAGUUAUGUCCAGAUCCAGAUGGGGGACCUCGAGCGAGAGGAAAGAGAAUAGUAAACGGUAAUGAUAA